AUGAAAAAGAAAAAGAAAAAGAAAAAGAAAAAGAAAAUGAAAUAGAAAAAGAAAGAGAUCAGGAGAAAAAAAAGAAAGAGAAAAGAAAAAGAAAAGAAAGAGAAAGAGAAAGAGAAAGAGAAAGAGAAAGAGAAAGAGAAAGAGAAAAUGAAAAAGAAAGAGAAAAAGAAAAUGAAAUAGAAAAAGAAAGAGAAAUCGAAAGAGAAAAAGAAAAAGCAAAAGAAAGAGAGAAAAAGAAAAAGAAAAAGAAAGAGAAAAAAAGAACGAGAAAAAGAAACAGAAAAAGAAAAAGCAAAAGAAAGAGAAAAAGAAAAAGAAGGAGAAAAAGAAAAAGACAAAGAAAAAGAAAAAGAAAAUAAAAAACAGAAGAAGAAAAAGAAGGAGAAAAAGAAGGAGAAAAGAAGGAGAAAAAGAAAAGAAAAAGAAAAAGAAAAAGAAAAAGAAAAAGAAAAAGAAAAAGAAAAAGAAAAAGAAAAAGAAAAGAGAAAAAGCAAAGAAAAACAAAAAGCAAAUGCAAAAGCAAAAGAAAAAGCAAAAGAAAAUGAAAAGAAAAAGAAAGAUAAAGAUAAAGAAAAUAAAAAGAAAGAGAAAGACAAAAAACAGAAAGAGAAAGAGGAAAAGAAAAAGAAAGAGAAAGAGAAAAAGCAAAAGAAAAAGCAAAAGCAAAAGAAAAAGAGAAAAAGAAAAAGAAAGAGAAAAAGUAAAAGAGAAAAAGAAAAAGAAAAAGAAAAAGAAAAAGAAAAAGAAAGAGAAAGAGAAAAAGAAAGAGAAAGAGAACAAAAAGAAAGAGAAAGAGAAAAAGAAAGAGAAAGAGAGAAAGAAAGAGAAAAAGAAAGGGAAAGAGAAAAAGAAAAAGAAAAAGAAAGAAAAAAUGAAAGAGAAAGAGAAAAAGAAAAGAAAGAGAAAGAAAAAGAAAAAGAAAGAGAAAAAGAAAAAGAAAGAGAAAAAGAAAAAGAAAAAGAAAGAGAAAAAGAAAGAGAAUAGGAAAAACAGAAUAGAGAAAGAGAGAGAAGAGAAAGAGAAAGAGAAAAAGAAAGAGAAAUAGAAAAAGAAAGAGAAAGAGAAAGAGAAAAAGAAAGAGUAAAAGAAAAAGAAAGAGAAAUGGAAAGAGAAAAGAAAAUGGAAAAGAAAGAGAAAGAGAAAGAGAGAGAAAGAGAAAGAGAGAGAAAGAGAAAGAGAAA